AUGUCCUUGGCACAACAUGUCUCAGCCUUUGAAGGGGUCGACCAAGAAUUCGCCGACGACAUCGGAAGCUUGAGACUCUCGCGACAACCGAGCUUGCAGAUCAGUUACGAUCCUAUUCCUCCUGCAGCGCUGACUGGAAACAAUGACGACGGCGGCGGUGGAGGAGGAGGUUCAGGAGGAGGACACGACAAGCUCGAAAAUCAACAUGCGUACGAAGUCUCGCCUGCCAAACGUUUCGCUCAAAUUCUAGUCGGCGUCACAUCGUGUGUGCUCGCUUCGGGGAUCGUCUUUGGCUUUGACGCCCUCAAGACAAUCUUGGUCGAGGAAGACGUCUACCGAGAAUACUGUACCGAUGAAGAACUCAGAAACGACGUGCGGCUGUGUUACAUGCAGGAUCAGAAACUCAAUUUGACGUUCAUCAUUGCAUCCGUCACUGCAAACAUAUCGGCUCUGCUGGUCGGCAGCAUUCUGGAUCGAUACGGUCCAAAGGUCUGCGGCAUAGCGAGCUCGGUCGUUUUGCUGUUGGGCACGAUCCUCAUGGCGUUUGCGAAAGAGAUGCCCUUCGACCCGUACCCGGCGGGGAGUUUUCUGCUAUCCCUCGGCGGGACGUUCACGUUCGUGCCGUCGUUCCACCUGGCCAACGCGUUCCCACGCUUCCAGGGUCUCAUUCUCGCCCUCGUCACGGGCGCGUUUGACGCGUCUGCGUCGGUGUUUUUGAUUUUCCGCCUCAUCUACCAGCGGACCCGCGGCGCUUUUGGGCCCCGCCAGAUCUUCUGCGCGUACCUGGCCGUGCCGGUCUUCAUCCUCGUCACGCAGCUCACCGUGAUGCCGACGCACAGCUACGAGACACGCGGCGAGCUGGCGACGACCCUCGAAAAGGCCCACGACGCCACUCGAGACGUGCACGACUCGGACGACGAACUCGACACGGCCAUGGACGUGAUGCGCGUGCGGUCCGAACGCGCCAUGCGGCGGAGGCAGUCCAUCACGUCCAUCACCUCUCUCCUGGGCACGCCGACGCAGCAGGACAGGCACGAGCAGAAGGAAGACCAGAUCCGCGCCAACAGCGGCGUGUGGGGGGUCCUGCACGGCGUGCCCGCGUCCAAACAGCUCCGCACGCCGUGGUUCGUCCUCAUCACGCUCUUCACCGUGCUGCAGAUGGCCAGGUUCAACUUCUUCAUCGCCACCAUCUACUCGCAGUACGUCUACAUGCUGAACUCGGAGGAGCUCGCCAUCAAGGUGAUUGAGUUUUUUGAUCUCGCGUUGCCCAUCGGCGGCUUGGCCACCGUGCCCUUUAUCGGCGUGCUCCUGGACCAGACGAGUACGGUCGCCGUGCUCAAUCUGUUGGUUCUGUUGAGCACCGUCAUUGGCGCCCUCGGUGCCGUGCCGACGGUGUGGGCGGCGUACGCCAACGUCACGCUGUUCUGUCUGUUCCGACCACUUUAUUACUCUGCAAUGUCAGACUACGCAGCCAAAGUCUUUGGUUACGCGACCUUUGGAACCGUCUACGGCGCCAUCAUAUGUCUGUCAGGUCUGUUCACCUUCACCCAGUCCGGUCUCCAGGCCCUCGUGCACGACGCCUUCGACGACGACCCGGAACCCAUCAACCUCGGCCUCGCGACCGCCGGACUCGUCCUCGGCGUCGCCUUGGUCAUGUACGUCGACAUCAAGGGAAGGGCGAUACAGCGCGAACGAGCCAUUGCCGCCAUGAACGCCAACGAUGAACGAAGGCCACUGAUCGGCGGCGUCGGCGGCGGUGGUGGCACUGUACAGAAUCGGAGCAUGCGAUCUAACAAUAGUCGACCCAUGACCUCGGAUCAGAUGCUCAGUUCUGCCCUCUUUGUUCGUGACGACGGUGGUGGUGGUGGUGGUGGUGGUAGCAACAUGAUCAACUACGGUACUAGCCCGGCGUCAGGCAGGGGAGUUGCCACAGGGUCAGGUAUAGCUGCCGGUUUUGGAAUGGGAGGUGGUGGCGGUGGUGGUGGUAGUACUGUGGGAGGGUACGAUGAGGUUGACAACGACAGUCUACCGAUGGCGACAGGAGGCGGUGUUGGUGUUGGUGGUAGUGUGGGUGAUGCUGGCGCUCGACACGGUCUCAUGGCCCGAACAAGUCGACAGGGAUUGAACCGGGCAGCUCUGUCGACCGUCCAGGAAGGAAGAGAGCCCGAGACAAGUGAGGCGGCGGCGGCGGCGGCGGCGGCGGUGGUGGUGCAACGAGAUGGUGAUCAACGUUAA